AUGCUGACUGUGUUAUUUUUAACACACGUGUCAUUAGCAACGUGGUGGAACUGUGGUACCAUUAAACAGGAUGUUGUUCUAUCUUCUGACAGACAGUUUGCGUUUUCCGGCUCCUGGGACGGCGAGCUCCGCCUCUGGGACCUUGCAGCCGGCACCUCCGCGCGCCGUUUUGUUGGACACACCAAGGACGUCCUCUCUGUGGCGUUCUCCAUUGACAACCGUCAGAUCGUGUCGGCCUCACGUGACCGCACAAUUAAACUGUGGAAUACCCUUGGUGAAUGCAAGUACACCAUUCAAGACAGUGAUGCUCAUUCUGAUUGGGUUAGUUGUGUGCGUUUCAGCCCUAGCACUCUUCAGCCGACUAUUGUGUCUGCAUCUUGGGACCGCACUGUUAAGGUGUGGAACCUCACGAACUGCAAGCUGAGAAAUACCCUUGCUGGACACAGUGGGUAUGUGAACACUGUUGUUGUUUCUCCCGAUGGUUCUCUGUGUGCCAGUGGCGGAAAAGAUGGAGUUAUUUUGCUGUGGGAUUUGGCUGAGGGUAAGCGUCUCUACUCUCUCGAUGCUGUGGGAUUUCGCUGCCGUUUUUGCUGGGGCUGCUUCGGGGAGUGGCAGGAGGCGGAGAAAGGGGGGUGGGAUGGUAUUGGGGGAAGAAUUUGA